UAAUCACAAAAAUUUUUGGCAUUAAAAACUGGCCAUUCUUCAAACCGUUACGUUAAACGUGAACAUGGAACACCACUAGUAAGUCACGUGACCAGCUUGCGUUUGAGAGCGCAUCACAGCUGCUUGUAAAUAGAGGCUGUAAAUAUAAUUAUAGCAGAUAAAGAUGAGUUUGGGAGCACGCGCCACCAAGGGUGGUGCGAAGGGGAAGGACAAAGCCCAGGACAAGGCCAAGGGCGUCGACAAACCACCGGCCAAGGAGAAGGUCAAACAACAGCUACAGGCAACCACAGAACAGAUGCGUAUGGCAAACAUGAUCGACCGCAAAAGCGACGACUCCACGGACGUCCGAAGAAUGGUGCUAGAGCUGAUGGAGAUGACAUGUCGCACUGAGGAGGAGGUGUGUUCAGCGCUGCACGACUCGGACAACGACAUGGUCGCCGCUUGCAACCUACUGCUGGAGGAGAGUCAGCGAAUACAGGGCGAAUGGCAGACAAAUGAGAAGAAGAAGAAAAAGCCACCCGCCGUCGCUGGCAACGGCGAGCCCGAGCCGCUCCGCGAGCGGGAGGCGCGCGAGCCGAGAGAACGUUCUGGCCCGCCGCGUCCACGUCGCGGGGAAGCAGAGGCGCGGGGUCGCGGUCGCGGCGCGGCGCGUGGUCGCGCGCGCGGCGCCCGGCGCGGCGCGCCCGGCCGGCCGCGGCCGCGCGGGGAGCUGGGCGAGCGCGGCGAGCACGGCAACAUGGCAGACUCGUUCCCCAACGCAGAAGACUGGGACAAUGAGGAGUGGUCGGGAUCUCUGUCGGACACCAAAGUGUUCACGCCCAGCACCGCGCCCGGCGGCGAGGACGCGCCCAUCCCUGUCACCACGCAGGAGGAGUGUUGGGACACGCCCGCAGCGAACGGUGCCGAGCACAUUCCCAGCUACAGCUACAGUCGCGUGCCUGAGCCUAGGGCGCCCGUGUUGCAGCCCACGCUAAGCCCGGCGGCGCACUCGGCGGUGCCUAGCGCCUCGCCCGCGCCCGCCGCGCCGCCCGCCGAGCCGCAGCCGCCCCGCCACCAGCCAAUGGGUAUGUCGGGGUCGCUGUCCGCGGCGCAGUCGCAGUACCUGUCUCAACUCACUCAGCAAUCGCAACGGCAUGACAACAGUGUAUAUUCGUCAAAUUAUGGUGUUUACGGUUCUUCAGACAUCACGAGUCAAAGGAAACCACAGCGAGCGAGGGUUCCUCCUCCUUCCAAGAUCCCGUCGUCGGCGGUGGAGAUGCCGGGCGGCGAGGGCGGCGCCAUGUUCCUGGACGUGCAGUUCGGCGCGCUGGAGCCCGACCUCACGGAGCCGGCGCCGCAGCCGCAGCUGCCCCCGCCCGCACAAGUCCAACACCCCCCCCAGCCCCACCCACACCCACACCCCCCGCCCGCCCAAGCCGCGCCGCAGCCCGCUCAGCCGCCCAAGCCGCUACCUACGGCUGUGACGGCGGCGCCCGAGCCGGCGCCGGCGCCCGCGCACGAGCCCGCGCCCGAGCCCAGCGUCACGUACGCCAACACCAACAGUAUGUUACCGGAGAGUUUAGCACCAGAACCAGUCCCCGUACCGGCAGAACCUGUCCCGCCACAGCCUAACAGUCUAGAGAAGCAGUUAACGGCAGCGAUGAAGCAGCUGGCCGUGUCCGCGGGCGACGCGCCGCAGGCCGCGCCGCAGCUGCACCGACACAAGGCUAUGGGCCAGCAGAACGUGUACGCACACCACGCCGCGGCGGCGCACCACCCACCAGUAUACGGAGCCAACGUCUACGCGCCACAGGCAAGCUCAACAAACGCGUCGCUAACGAGCGGCAUGUCGGCGCCGGCGUACGGCUCCGCGGCCGCGCUCACGCAGUACCAGCCGAUGAUCAACUCAUACCAGCAGGCGAGCUCAACAAACGCGUCGCUAAAGACCGGCAUGUCGGCGCCGGCGUACGGCUCCGCGGCCGCGCUCACGCAGUACCAGCCGAUGAUCAACUCCUACCAGCAGGCGAGCUCAACAAACGCGUCGCUAACGAGCGGCAUGUCGGCGCCGGCGUACGGCUCCGCGGCCGCGCUCACGCAGUACCAGCCGAUGAUCAACUCCUACCAGCAGACGUCAUCGUCAGCGGGAGUGUACGCGGGCAGUGCGCUUUACACGUACCAGCCCAGUCAACAGGCCAAACUACCCACUAAGGACAACACGCCACAGUAUGACAACUCGGUAGCAUCUAAUAGUAAUAGUUUAACAAACACGUCAACGACACAGAGCUCAACCUCCAAAGUACCCACAACCACAGUAAGUGCAGGCGCGAACGCGGGUGUGAACGCGGCGAACGCGGGCGUGACGGGCGCCGGCGCCAACGCGGGCUACGGCGCCGCGCUGUACGGCGGCGUGCAGCCCACCGGCUACCACUACGACGAGGCGCAGCUCAUCACCAGGACGCUGCCGCACCACAUGGGCGGAUACUACGAGGUGGGAUACGGCGUAGGAGGCGCGCGGGAAGGCACGUUCGGACUGGGACCUACAGACAGGUUCACGCGGACCGACGCUGCCUCACCGCAACAAGUCAGCCAGGUCCCCGCAGCGUUACCGCCCGGCUAUGCGUACUUCUACCAACCUCCCCCUACGACGUACCAAUAUGGAGUCUACCCCACGUACGGCGGCGGGUCUAACGUUGGUGGUGUCGGCGGCGUCGGUGGCGUAGGAUCCGUGUCCGGUGCCGUGUCCGGCGGCGGCAAGGUGUCCAACUACUCGCAGCAGCAGCCACAGUACGACCAGGACUCUUACAAACCUGGAGGCGGCUACAACGCGAGCGGAAACAAGGCCGCAGCGGGCGCGCCGCCCGAGCUGGCGUCCGCCAUGUACGCCAAACCCCACGUCGCGCUCAACAAAGUCAAUAGCUACGACAAGGCGGCGUUCCACAGCGGCACGCCGCCGCCCUUCGGCGCCGGCUCGCACCUCUACAUCCCCGCGCCGCACUCCGCGCACCAUCCCCACCACCACCAGCACCAGAUGGAUGUACGGGUGAACAGUAGUCAUAAUAGGCGGGAGAGCGGAGCGGCGCGCGCGGCGGCGGCCAAGCCGGCAGCCAGCAAGCCCAGCUACUCGCAGUCCUACUGGGCGCCCAACUAGCUGCACGCCCUAGCGACCGUGUCCCCGGGCACCUGUAAAUAGUCGCCACGUCGUGGGCGCUCCUCCAAACAAAACUGAUUAAUGUAAAAUACGCAAGGAAUUUGAAUGACCUAUGUUAAUAUUUCGUUCACAUUGGCGCCGGCCGCAGGUCGUCGCCAGAUAGGAUAUUGUUUAAAUUUAACUGUAGAACUAUGUAUAUCUUAUCUUUGUAAUAUGUAUAUGUAUGUAAGCAUUUGGUACGCUAUGCGCGCCGAAUCGUUUUGUAUUUAGUUGACAGAGUUUUUGUAAUUACAUAUUAUAGUUGAAUAAACGUUCAGCGAUCUAUAAAGUAAAGUAACUACCGUAGUCGAGGUCUUUUUUAUGUGAAAGAAUGCAAUGUGUUGAUCUCGCGGGCAUUUGAAAGUAUGAGGGAAUUACACGUAUUGGAACUUGA